CCAUAUUGAGAUGCAGCGCACGGAUGGCCCAACCCGGAAACGAGAGAAAGGUCUAUGAUUGCGGCAAGAUUAUCGAGAUUCAAUGUUGAAAGCGCAUUGGAGGUUGUUCAUCUUUACCGUAGACAUACACGGAGGUUAGCGGAAAGCAGGUUCCCAGUUGCAUGUGACGGUCACUUGUUAGCCAGGCCAAGAGGAGUACCAGCCUGUCCACACCGACACAGCCCAGUCCUAUUCUAUUCAACUACAGGCUCCAGUAUGAGUAGUAAGAAGCUGCUGGUGGAUGUGGACUGUGGGGUGGAUGAUGCUCAGGCUAUCAUGAUGGCACUGUCCACCCCUUAUGUAGAGGUCCUGGGCAUCACCUGUGUCCAUGGCAACACCAAUGUGGAGAACGUGUGCAAGAACACGCUGCGGGUGCUCCAAGUUUGCAACAGACUGGAGAUCCCGGUAUUCCGUGGUGCUGCCAAGCCUAUCUUGGGGAAUGUGAUCAGUGCGGGAAACUUCCAUGGCCAGGACGGGCUGGGGGAUGCUCCAGACCCAAACGCUCCGGGGCUGGACAUGCUGCAGAUGGAAGGAGCGGUAUCUGCACUGAUCCGGAUAGUCAACGAAAACCCUGGAGAGGUAUCUCUGGUGGCCACGGCUCCCCUCACCAACCUAGCUCUGGCUGUAAGAAUGGAGCCAUCCUUCCCCAGCAAACUUAAAGGCCUUUACAUCAUGGGAGGCAACACAGAGUCCAGAGGAAACACCACAGUGUGUGCAGAGUUUAACUUCGCUGCCGACCCGGAAGCAGCUUACAUCGUACUGAAUGACUUCCUGUGUCCCACUUACAUAGCCAGCUGGGAGUUCACCUGCUACAGCAAGCUGCCCUGGUCGUGGUGUGAUGACUGGCUGGCCCAGGAGUCAGAGAAGGCUCGCUUCAUGGCCCGGAUCUUCCGCCACAGUAUGGAAGAGUCGAACAGCGAGCGCUUCCAGGCGGAGAUGGUUGACGGCAUGGGCUUUGUGUCAUGUGACUCCUACGCCAUGGCGGCAGCCAUUGACAACACCUUUGUCACCGAGAGCAACCACAUGGCGGUGAGCGUGGAGCUGACGGGCACACACACGCGUGGCAUGAUGAUCCUGGACACACUGGGCAUGCUGAAGAAGACUCACAAGGCCUUCGUCAUGAAGAAGGUGAACAUGGUGAGGUUUGAGCAGAUGAUGAUGGACGCUCUGAAGUAAUCUCUAGGUCUGCUACAGCUAACCACUAGACUGUAGAAGUAAACAAACAACUAAGAGAACGCUCUAUGGGACCGUAACCAGGGAAAAGUGACAACUCCAACCUCAUCCAGUCACCCCACGACCGUGGACGUCAAGGCAGCCCUCAACACCUCUCUGAUUGAGGGGUUGGGUUAGAUGUGGAAGACACAUUUCGGUUAAAUGCAUUCAGUUGUGCAACUCUUUUCCCUUUUACUGUAUUGUCAGCUCACGCUGAUGUCAAGAAUCAUGCCUUGUCAUUUAGAUAAACAAUUUUAAAUAAAUCGAUUGAAUUACAACUCA